AUGCGCAGCCAGUCGAGAUUAAUAGCCUCCCUGCUUGUGCUAACAUGUGCAAGUUCUGGCGCAUGGGCAAACAGAAAGUUCAAUAUCAAUGAUGAUUUACUAGCCUUCCCUCAGUUCCGACUCCAUUUCCCUGACGGCUACAUUCUCGAUUCUCAAGCGCGCGCCUUCUUAGAGCAAACACCGCAUAGCGGCUCCUUGGCCGCUGGCAAGAGAGACACCCACGAACAAGCCCCGUUAAAGGACGAAACUUACGAUCCGAUACGGGAUGCUUCUACUGAAGAUGCUGUCAAGCUUUCCUACGAGGAGUUGGUUCUCGAAGAUCAGCGAUAUCUCUGCCAGAUCCCCGUGGUAGAAGACGGCGAUGGCAAUCAAACGAAGCCCGAAGUCAAUGAAGACGAAGAGCGAAAGGAACUCGCGCGUGCAACAGACCGUGGCCUGGAACUUCUCCGGGAGAUGGAGGGUCGGUGCCUUUACUACAUCUCGGGCUGGUGGUCAUACUCGUUCUGCUACAAGAACCAAGUCAAGCAAUUCCAUGCGCUUCCAUCUGGUGCGGGUAUCCCUAAUUACCCACCCAUUGAGGACCACGCCACACACUCGUUCAUACUGGGUAGAUUCCCGCGUGAAGGUGCCCAGGACGAUAAAGAAAGUGAUGCUAAAUCCGGAAAGACGACCACGGACCUGGCGGAGUUACAGACAAGAGGAGGUUCACGCUACCUAGUUCAACAUCUCGACAGCGGCGACCAGUGCGAUCUCACGGGAAGGGACCGGAAGAUCGAAGUUCAAUUCCACUGUAACCCGCAGUCGACAGACCGUAUUGCCUGGAUAAAGGAACUUCACACCUGCUCAUAUUUGAUGCUUAUAUAUACGCCCCGUCUAUGCAACGACGUUGCCUUUCUACCACCCGAACAAGAGGAAGUUCACACUAUCGAGUGCCGUGAGAUUAUCACUCCAGAUGAGGUCCCAGACUGGGAAGCAUUGCACGAGUACUACUUGUCUCAAAAACUGGUUGAAUCCGCUGAAACGUUAGAAUUUCCGGUGAUUGGAGGGAUUGAAGUUGGUGCCAAGCGGUUAGUCGGAACUGAGGGCAGGCAAAUCGAAAAGGGCCGUGUGGCUUCCAUUGGCGAGGAAAAGGUGGAUGUGAUUGCGAAACGCGUGAACGGCGAAGUGCAAUUCCUGUCCAAGGAGGAACUAAAGAAGUUUGACCUGGACCCCGAGAAAGUUGAGUCGUUCAGGAAGAAACUAGAGGAAUGGGCAAAGGGCAAGGAUUGGACACUGGAGAUCGUUACAGGCCACGGAGAGCGUUCCUCUCUCCGUGGGGUAAUCGAUACUGAUGAUGAGGAGGAGGAUGAACGGAAAGAUGGUGAGGGAGACAAGGGAGAGCUAGACAAGAAAAAGCAGGCGGGCGAUACGAAUACACAAGGCAACAAGGGACAGCGUGAUGGUCACCAGGAAGAGAAGGUGGCAGGGCACGAGCAGAAGGAUGAGCGGGCACCAGAAAGUAGUGAAGAACCACCAUCAGAGGAGGGAGACGUGGGUGGAAGCGAGGAGACUUUUAAGGAUGAAUUGUAA